AUGACCACUAUGCUGCACUAUCUUGGCUUCGGAAACAAAGCUCCUUCGAAUAAACCAGUGAAAGAUUCUCCAGUCCGUGCUUUGCCUGCAUCAUGGUACAAAUCUCCUGAGAUGUACGAGCUAGAGCGCCGUGCAAUCUUUUCCAAGAGAUGGCUUUUUAUCACCCACAGCUCGCGAGUUAAGGAAACAGGUGAUUGGCUCCGCUAUGAGAUCGCGGGCUUCGAUUUCAUCAUCACUAGAGAUCGACAAGGAAAUGUGAAUGCCUUCCACAACGUUUGCAGACACCGCGCAUACCCAGUGGUUGAAAAGGAGGGAUCUGGCAACUCCAAAAUCUUAUCCUGUCGUUAUCACGGCUGGUCCUACGGUUUGAAUGGCAAACUCGCCAAAGCGCCCGGCUACAAAGACCUGGACUUCAACAAGGACCAAAACAGUCUAUUCCGGAUACAUGUCAAGGUUGAUGUCAACGGAUUUAUAUGGGUGAACUUGGAUGCGAACGAGGUCCCAGAAAUCCCGUGGGAAGAGCACUUCCGAGACGUCGAUACGCAAGAGCGUUAUCAGGAAUAUAACUUCAAUGACUAUGACCUGGAUCAUACUUAUGAGUUGGAUGGCCAGUAUAAUUGGAAGAUCCUGGCGGAUAACUUCAAUGAAUGCUACCACUGCCCCACAACCCACCCUGAUAUUCCCGAUUUUCUCAAUCUCGAUUCCUUCGACAGUGACCUCAAGGAUGGACAUAUCCAACAUUAUUGCAUCUCGACUCCAGAGCAAAAGGCAAAGGGCCUUUACACUGCCAGUACAUAUUAUUUCCCAAUUUCCGCCAUGGUUGUUUCGCCACACUUUAUCAUGGUCCAAAAAUUUCUUCCCAAAAGCGCCAGCUCCUCCAAGAUGUCAUACGAAAUCUACCGGAACAAAAACUCCGGCGAUGCUGAUUUCCACACGAUUAGCGACAUGUAUGAGCGCGUCAUGAGGGAAGACAAAAUUCUCUGCGACAGUGCACAGAAGAAUCUCGACCGGAACGUUUUCGUCAAUGGGGAGCUGCAUCCUAAAUUCGAGAAGGCUCCGCUCUUCUUCCAGAGCACUGCUCGCGAGAUUAUUACGGAACAUUUUGAGCGGGAAAAGGCUCAAGGGCGGGAAAUCUGGCCGGCAAAACAAAAAGUGCCAUGUAACUCGCAGGUCAGUGACAAAGAUGAGGAGAUUUGUGCUGCUCUGAGCUGUGGAGCCCAGAAGGAAAUCUUGGCUUGGUGA